ACCCUUCCAACGUCACCUAAACCCACACUCCAAAUCCACACAAAACUCACACUUUCACUUUCACUCUCACACGCAAACACAACGUUCUUCAACCAUGGCUAUAAAAAUCUCACACAAUUUGGGACUUGAAAUAUGGAAUAAAAACAACAACUUCAUACGCAGCAACAAAACCCACCUCAACUUUUCAGGGAAACUUGGCUACUGCUUAUCCAAGUUCGGGAAAACCCGAUCCUUCUCUGUAAUGGAGGACCUGAAAACUUCGAGUCUUUUGGCCCCGGAGCCUGUGAAAAAUUACUCCCAGGAAUUGGAUGUGGCUGUCAGAGCUGUGCAGUUGGCUUGCUCUCUCUGCCAGAGGGUUCAGAACAGUUUGAUUUCGAAGAACGGCGAUGGGGUCCAAUCCAAAGACGACAAUUCCCCUGUCACUGUUGCAGAUUGGAGCGUCCAAGCAACUGUGAGCUGGAUACUGUCAGAGUCUUUUGGGAGCAGCAACGUGUCCAUUAUUGCUGAAGAAGAUAUUCAAAAUUUGUCCAAAGCAAAGGCAGGUGGAGUACUAAAAGAUGUAGUGAAAACUGUAAACGAAUGUCUAGCUGAAGCGCCUCGUUUUGGGCUUAAAAGUCCGAAAAUGGCCCUUGGGACUACAGAGGUUCUUGAAGCCAUCAGUCGGUGCAACUCACUUGGAGGCCCUGCUGGGAGAUUUUGGACACUUGACCCUGUUGAUGGCACGUUGGGUUUUGUACGCGGUGACCAAUAUGCAAUAGCUCUGGCUUUAAUAGAGGAUGGAGAAGUUGUGCUUGGGGUUCUUGGCUGUCCUAAUUACCCAAUGAGAAAGGAAUGGCUCAAUUAUCAUCACCGGUAUCAUAGGAUGAUAUCUAAAUUGACACCACCAACGUCAGAAUCUUGGGACAAAGGCUGUGUGCUUUAUGCUAGAAGAGGCAGCGGCGAGGCUUGGAUGCAACCGCUGCUCCAUGUAAACAAGAAUUUAGAGUGGCCAAACUCUGCAAAACCUGUCCGAGUGUCCACCAUAGAUAAUCCAUCACUGGCAACAUUUUGUGAACCUGUUGAGAAGGCAAAUUCGAGUCAUUCCUUCACAGAAGGGCUAGCUCACAGCGUUGGGCUUAGGAAGCAGCCACUGCGAGUAUACAGCAUGGUGAAGUACACAGCCAUAGCUCGUGGGGAUGCCGAGAUUUUUAUGAAGUUUUCAAAGGCUGGCUACAAGGAGAAGAUCUGGGAUCACGCAGCCGGUGUUGUUAUCAUACAAGAGGCUGGUGGGGUGGUUACAGAUGCCGGAGGGCGUCCACUGGACUUUUCAAAGGGCAUAUACUUGGAAGGUCUUGAUCGAGGCGUAGUUGCUAGUGCUGGAGCCAAUCUACAUGACAAGAUCAUCGAGGCGGUUGAUGCUAGCUGGGACUCCUCCAGUCUAUAAAAAAAACGUCUGCUGAUGGUGCUUAACAUCAAGGAAAACACAACUCCUUACCCAUUACAUUACCCGAGAUCGUACAAAAAUUGUAAAUUAUUGUUUUCAAUUUUGUGUUCUUUAUUUAUCUGAAUUUUGCAUCGGCAGAAAUACUAGGGGAAAAUGCAGAAGUAUAUGUACAAAGUUCAUGCUUGACCAUCUUCGCCUGUGUUCCAAUAUGCUUUAAGGUAAUCAAUAAGUCUCUCCUAGCAGCCUGGGCUGCAAUUUAGAGAAACUGUGAUAUGGGUCAAGUAAUGUAAAAUGUAUUGAAUUGGAAUCCGAUGGCAGAGACAUUGCUGAA